UUUAUAAGGCCGCCCACUCACCCUUGUCACUCUGGGAGUGAUAUGAUGUCAGACAAAAGGUACCAUACCGCUUUAUAAAGAUGAAUUUGCAUUUGAAAAGAGUACAUUGGGGUUUCAGUUAAUAUGACAUUUAAACAAAGCAGCAUGAGCUUAAAAAAAUAACUUUGCGGCUAAUUCAUCUUCAUUAUUACAGAAAUUAGGAACGGUUCAUAGAAAGCAUUAUGAAUGCAAAUGACCAUACCAUUUUCCCUUUUUUUAAAAAGUACAGAAUAUUGCCAUAUUAUUAUGAACAGGAUUUUUAAUGAUUUGCACCUUUUUAAUUUAAUAUAGGUCAUACUGAGAAAAAUAUUCCACUCAUUGGGUACAUUCUGUGCAUGGAGAAGGUGUCUUUGGUAGUGUGUGUGUGUGUGUGUGUGUGUGUGUGUGUGAGAGAGAGAGAGAGAGAGAGAGAGAGAGAGAGAGAGAGAGAGAGAGAGAGAGAGAGAGAUGGGGGGGGGAAUGGGAAACAACUUUCUCUGCCUAAGAUCUGUUAUUUUUUGUCCUGGUUUCACUUGAUCUACUACAAAAGGGAAGUUUGAGCUACAUCAUCUUCUCACCAUUUUCAGGAAUGCUUUCAGUAUGACUGGCUUACCUACCAUCAUCCCACUUUCUGGUCCUCCUGCAUUCCUCGGCCAAAGAUGGAACCUGAGUGUUUCGGACAUUGCAAAAGUCAACAAACUCUACAAAUGUUCUCAGGUUGCAGCCCAGCCAGGUAAUGCUCAAAAUGAGUCAAGUUCUUGACAGUAAUCAAGAGAGCUAGUUUCUUACAAAAUCUUAUUGUCAUGUGUAUCACAAGGAGAAAAAAGGUUGGAUUAGAUAAUCUUCAUGCACAAUUAUGGAUAUGUAGAGGGUAAGGAAGAUGAGAUAGGCACAACUUCACACGGCUUGCCUUGCGCAUUGGCUGUUUUAACAUUAUGGGAUUCCCCGAUUGCACUAAACUGUGUUUUCUUGGGCUUUGGUUUUUAAGGGGUAAUGUGAAUUCAACUCUGGUUGAUAAACCAGGUUUUAUGGCUUGCUCACUUCAUAAAUCCAAGCAAUUAUGGCUUAGUCAAGUUGUCAUAAUAAGGCAAAACUGGACUAGCAAAUGUGUAGGGAAUGUCUUUUUCUAUGACCCAGCAGCACGUGGUUAUCUAAUUUUUUGUAUUAUAUUUCCAGAAGUGGUGCCUGAGGAAGCCAUCAAAGAGAAGGUUAUGGACUUCAUCCCUGUUCAUCCUGAGCUCUGUUCUAAAACCAAUUUAGCCAGUACUGUUGUUAGAAAGACUACAGAGCCCAUUUUGUCAUCUCAAAAGACUGUUGGUGAAGAUCUAAGCACAGUAGCAGGUCAGUUGAGGAGAACAGAGGGGGCAGAACAAAGCGUGGUGGUAUCUGCCAUGACCUCUCACAUAGGAGAAGCAAGCAGAGAACUUCAGACGCCUUCAAAACAUGUGCUGGAUACAACACAAACUAGACAGGCAAUAGACAGUGUUCUUGAGAAAGCUCCUACACCAUGGACUUCCCAGAAUCCAAUCACUGGAUGGCAGUUGAGAUACCAAUAUCUGAAAGCGUAUACACCAACUGAACAAAGCCCCACAGAAACAAGAGCAAGGGCUGCUCCAGAAAUGGAGCAGACAUCUUCCUCUCUUGCCAAAGGUUUUGUCCUUUCUUCAGUGGGAAAAACCCAUGGAGCUAUAACACCAUUUGGUCAGAAAGAAACUAGUAUGGAAGUUUCUGGCUCAAAAGCCACAGUCCUAGAGCCUACAAGAGAACUGUCUACAGCGGUGGAAUUGGCAGGUUUGUUGGACAUGGGAAGUAAUGAGACAGACAUUGGAAUGGGUUCUCCAAGGUCCCCCCUAUCUGUGGUGGAGGAACACUCCAAGGGACAAUCAAAGAAGGCGUUCCAUCAAGCCAUAACUGUUUCUAUGAAUGAAACAGGCAGCCCAGCUUAUAUACAUCCAGUGGAGGAUGUUUUGACUAACGUGACUAGCUCUUUAUCUCUCUCUGGCACCCUUGGGAACCCAACCACCAUCUCCAGCCAUAUGGAACUGGGAGAAAAACGUCAAGGCACUAAAGUGGAAGGCCUGACAAACAUUGUCACCAUUUCUGGCUCAAAGUGGAGGGAUGUGGACGCAAAAAGUUCAUACCACGAGAAAUCAACUAUGCUUCCUUACAUUCAAUCUCCCACUAUCAAAAAUACACACGAACCUGGAGAAGUUCUACUUCCUAGAAAGGAGACACCAGUUCCUGUAACUCUGGAAGCUCAAACAAAAUACAUGGGUUGGUUCACUUCUGAAGCCCCAUCAUCUCUUCAGGGAGUGGUCACUGCCCAUCCUGUUGCUUCAGAGUUAAAAGAGAUCGGUUCCUUGUAUAACAAUUCUUCUGGGAUAACAGGUUCAUUUUCACUGCCACCACCUCACCUGGCAAGAAAUGGUUAUGAAUGGGGGACAUCCAUUACUGGUGAGCCUCCUGGAUCUGUUUCCUUGAAUGUUACAGACAGGCAAGUGGAGGUUGAAAGCCAUACCAUGGAUCAUGCAGAGUUGCCAAGUCAAAUUCCCACUUGGGGGAAAGUGGCUUCAUUAGCAAUCAAAACCAUUGUGGCUGUCCAGCCUACAGAGCAAAGCUCUAAGACAGCAGCAGGACCAGGGGACAAUAGGACUUGGUCCCAAACAAGCAGUGACAUGCAUCACCAUCCCAGGUUCAUCACUGAGGGAUGGUCUCCAUCUGCAGAUGUAGAAAAACAAACACUGGAGAAGACUAUAGAAACAGCAUCUAUGAAAACCCUAGAGAGGUUACCAAUGACUCAAAAGAUGGAUGUGGUCCACAGGGAAAGACCUAGGCGAACCACUUUGACGAGACAAUUUCCCACGGAACCAUCUGGGAACCAAGUGUUCACCCAAGUUGAACAAGGGGAUGAAGAAACUCAAAGUCAACAUUCUUCUACUUUGUCAAUAAAAACUGGAGCUGAAUAUCAUGAGAUUCAAACCAGCAAUUCUACUAGUAGGCUGAGGGCAAUGGUGUCUCCAAAACAAUGUGGUAAGAAAUUAGCAGUGUCUGCAUCUGAAACACUAACUCCACACAUGGAGCACACUGCUGAGAAAUUCAGCUCUUUAAACAGGCAAACAGAAUUGGGAACUACUGGCAAAAGGAGUCCAAAGCCAGAAAUUCAAGAAUCUGGCCCUACUUCAAGUUGGAUAUUUCAGCUAGGGAGAGAAAGAGAUACUUCUCCCAGAAGUUUGGGUAGUUCCAUGAAGCCAGGAGGUAGAAAUGGAACCAAUAAUUCUGCAGAGCAUCCUAAAGAAGAGACUUUAUUAGUGAAAGUGAAGGAAUUCACGCAAACAACUCCAAAGAAAAGGACUCCAGAGAUUACUGUGAUAAACGGUACCAGAUCUGCUGCAUUACUAACUGUUGGUUCUUCCAGUUUUUUCACCAUUUUGGCUCAUGGCAAGCCAACUCUCAACAGACCCCAAAGCCGUUUUUAUUUGGGGGACACAGAUUCUGUAACACAUCCUGAAAACCUGUCUACGCGAUCUCUAGAACUCAGCCCAGAAACAGAACUUUCCUUCCAGCUUAAUAAAACUGUCUCUUCUGCAGAAGAAAGAUCUGUCAUGGCAGCCAGUGCAACAGCAGGAUUGACUGUGGGUGGGAUGAGCUGGGUCACAGCUCAUGUUCAGGAAGGUGCAGCUGGGAGACAUAGUACAGGGCCUCCUUCAUUAGAAAUGCAAUCAAUGUCUCUAGAAGGAACAGCCCCACCGCUGGUCACAGGUUCCUUACAGUCUCCCGAGCUUGUGAGCCCAAAAGAGGGAUCUGUUGGUGGCCAUCGUAGAACAGCUACAUCACUUCCAAGGGACACAUCCCCCAUGGGCACUAUAGUUGCACUAUCUACUGAUUUGUCCAGUGCUAUCAUUGUGGACUCUAGGGAAAACCAGACUAUGAUGCAUUAUGAUUCAAAACGGGUCACAGGUAUCCCUCCCAAAACAAGUGGAGAGAUAGAGAUGGACACCAAUGGUAGCAUUCUGGCUUCAACUGAAAUCCAUAGAACAUCUCAUGCUGGAGUUUCUACCAGGGGGUCCCAUGAGAAACACACAGAACUUCUACAGUUCCAGUCUGAACCACAAACUAGAGUAAAGCCUUUAGAGGAAGUCACUGGGCCAAUAUCGGAUGGGAAAACUUCAACCCAUUUUCUGGAAGAGACAUGGAAGAUCCUUACAAAAGAAAAUGAUGCAUACAGAUCAGAGGAGUCAGCUGCUGCUGAACUCACAAGGGCUGAACAGGAAGGAUCUGAACAAAGUCAUAUCAGCACAGCAGGUGCCACCAGUCUAGGUAUGGAAUCUUCAUCUCAGUUAAUUUCCACUAAUUCCACCAAGGAAACAGAAGAAUCCACAAUCUUCAAUGAGAAGAAAUGGAAUGUAUAUCACACUGCCAGUCCUUCUAGCCAAUCAUAUUAUGUUGCUUUCAUUCCUCCCCAUUCAAAUGCCACAACACCAAAUGUGGUACCAUCUGUUUCUGAUGUCUAUAACCCUCAUGAUACAGAGAAGGUAAAAGCUGCAGAUGUGUACCAUAUGGUCACAAAGUUCUCUAAAGGGGCUUUGGUGCAUACUGGAAUAUCUCUUUCCCAGCUCCAAACUCUUGGCUCAACUGAAACGGAAAGGAGGUCUUCUACAAUGUAUGGAGCCAAAAGUCUGGAAGAAGCCACUAAGACUCCUGCAAGAGUGAAAAAUGGAGAACUAUUUACUCUUGCAACGGAAUCAUCCAGACAAAUCUCUGAGACCCAUGUUGCAGUGACACUAGAAGAGAUGACUGGGGGCCAUAAGAACAAAAGGAAUCUAGAAGAAAACAAGUCUUUUUUUGCAAGCAAUCCUGUCCAUCUCCACCAUAUCAACAAGAGAUCCCUGCUAGGAAUAACGGCAGCUCCAUCUUCUUUCAUAUUGUCUUCACUGGCUCCUCAUUCUAAGCUGUUGCACUCAAAUAUUGGACAUGUAAAUCCCAGAAGGCUGAGCAUAAAGAAAUUGUUCCCAAAGAAGCGUAUGCGUAAAAUCAUUACGGCUUCUUCAGGUGGGACCAUACAACAACUGCUUCUUCCUGGAUAUUUACAAGGAUACCGGAGUCAUCCUGCCAUUUCAAUAGGAAACAUGACGACACCAAGGGAGCCUGAGAAACCUUUAUUGAGGUCCACUUCAAAAUCCAAAUUAUGGACUCUUCUCCGAAAGUUGUCUCCUUCUGAAAAAAAGAGAGGAAAUAACCAAGGGCCCAACCAGAGAACAACAGAUAACAUGUUGAUAUCCUGCUCCUUCAAGGAGAACCUGUGUGGCUGGAAGCAAAGUCAAAAUGACAGCCUAGACUGGAUGCUUCAGAAGGAAGAGAAGACUGCUGAGUCCAUGGAAGAUGACAGAAUUUCCGAGAAGCCCUUCAGAAGUUUAGAUGGCUAUAUCUCCCUCAAGCCUUCAAAUCAUCUCUCAAAGCAAAGGGCUGUUUUGAUCAGCCCUGUUGUGUACGGCAUCAGAUGUCUCCAGUUUUGGUACAGAUCACCAGACUGUGCUGCAGGCAAAAUCAACUUCUACACAAAGCUUCUGAAUUCCACUGACUGGCAGAAAGUGAGGUCAAUGAAGGGAAAGCAAGAUGUUGGUUGGCAUCAAGUGACCUUAUCUAUUUCCACAACUUGGACAUUACAGGUAAACAUUCGUGGCAUGUCCUAAAGGCAGAGGUUUCCCCUGUCCAGUCAUGUCUCUCUUUCUUACCUGAGGGAGCCAGCAUUGUCCAAAGGCACUUCUGUGCUCAUGUGGCCAGCGUGGCUUUACACCAAGGGACAUGGAAUGCUGUUACCUUCCCACUGGUAGUACCUACUUAUCCCCUCGCAUUUACAUGCUUUCAAACUGUGGGAGGAGAACAGGAGCUCACCCUGUUGCACGGUGCUCGGGUCCCAAACUGCCAACCUUCCGGUUGACAAACCCACUGUCUUAACCGCUAGGCCACUGCCCCCACUCCAUGUCCUAAAUACAUAUUGUAAAUUAAACAUGAAUCAGGUACAUGUUACGAUACAGAGGAAGAUCAGAUGUGUUAUUUCCUCCCCAUCCCAAAAUUCAACAACCUGUUUUCUAAGUAAUCCUAUCAACCCGCCUCC